AUGGCUUUCGCCCCCGAGGAGUUUGCACAAGGGAGAAGUCCCAUCAUUCAUGAGCUGUGUAGCCCUGGAGUGGAGGCGCCGCAUUGGGAGCCUCUAUAUCGCCAGGCCUGCACCUUUGGGCCCGAAAUUUUCACACAGCGCAUGGUCACAUUUAUUCGCAACCCCAACUUGAAUACGACGUGGCUAUUUCGUGGAGAUGUCCUCUUUGAUGAUAAGCCGGGAGAUGAAGAGGCAGUGGAGGGGAACGGCACGCGAGAACAGCUGGGCUACUUUGAUACAGAAUGGCCGGAGCGCAGGGUCGUGGCGGGGAUGUCGAGGACGAGGACCAUGGUGCGCAGGCUGAUUCCGCGAAAUCAGAUGCGCGAUGCGCCUAUGAAUCAAACUUGCGAGUUUCACCGAAGCAGUGCACCUCAAGAUGAUGCGAGUGCCGACUCCAGCAAGGUGUCGACCCUGGUCAUCUACGUCCCGCACGCAAGGUCUGCCGAGGAGAUGCCCUUCUACCACCCCAAGGUCCAAGGCAUCGCGCAUCUUCAUGAGUGGAAUGCUGCCACUAACCAAGGAUCUGUUUCUGUUCACUUUCAUCCAUAUGCUGCCGACAUAGUCAUCAUGGAUGAGAAGCUGCGCCGUGUGGGCUACCAUCUCCUCGAGAGGCUGUACAAGCACGGUCACAAUUCGCUAAAUGGCUACACUAAGCGCGUGCACCACGAUACCGUGAUACCGCAGCCUCGGUUCCAGGACCGCUACUCGGCGCUCAAGGACAAGUAUGCGCGGGCUUUGAUGCUCUCCUGGGUGGAAACUACAGAUCCGAAGAAGCAUGUCUUUGAAGAUCUCGGCAUUGCCGCGUUCCUGAUGGAAUUGUGGACGGACAUGUACGGCACAAACAGGAACAAGUUUCCGGGGUUUGUAGAUAUUGGAUGUGGAAAUGGAUUGCUGGUCUACAUUUUAAAUCAGGAGGGCUACCCAGGGUGGGGGUUCGAUGCGCGAGCGCGCAAGUCCUGGCCGCAAUACAGCACGGCGCCGUGCGCCUCGUCGCCGGCAGACGUUUCCCUAGUCGAAAGAUGUCUCAUGCCAAGCGUUGUUCCCAAGCCCGAGGACGAAACCACUAUUGAUGAUAGCCUCAUCUACAACGGGCUAUUCGAAAAGGGCACAUUCAUCAUCUCCAACCACGCUGAUGAGCUAACGCCUUGGACGCCCAUUUUGGGUGCUCUCUCCGAAUGUCCGUGGAUUUCGAUUCCGUGCUGCAGCCACAACCUGACAGGCCGAAAGUUCCGCGCGCCGCCGCCGCGAGACAAGACAAAGCCGAAAUCGACGUAUGCUUCACUGGUGGACUGGGUGGUGCAGAUUGCCGAGGAUUGCGGCUGGCGUGUCGAGACGGAGAUGCUGCGAAUCCCCAGCACGAGGAACACGGGUCUCCUGGGGCGCACGCGGACAGUGGACGCCAAGGAUCUUGACAUUGACAGCGUGCUGGCCAAGUACGGCGGCGUCGCGGGAUAUUACUCGAGCAUUGCCAAACUGGUGAAAACUGGCCCAAGGUCUCAUUGA